AUGAGAAGUGGCAACCAGAGCUUGCUGGAGGAUUCCCCUAAGAACUUCAUUCUACUGGGUGUCUCCGACAGGCCAUGGCUAGAACUUCCUCUUUUCAUGAUUCUUCUUGUGUCCUACAUUCUGGCCAUGCUGGGCAACAUUGCAAUCAUCUUGGUGUCUCGGCUAGAUACCCAGCUCCAAAGCCCCAUGUACAUCUUUCUCAGUCACCUGUCUUUUCUGGAUCUCUGCUAUACCACCACCACAGUCCCACAGAUGCUGUUCAACAUGGGAAGUUCCUUGAAAACCAUAAGUUAUGGUGGUUGCACAGUUCAAUAUGCCAUAUUCCACUGGUUGGGCUGCACUGAGUGUAUCGUCUUAGCUGCCAUGGCCCUAGACCGUUAUGUAGCUAUCUGUGAACCCCUCAGGUAUGCUAUUAUCAUGCACCGCUCUCUCUGUCAGCAACUCGUGGCAGUGGCCUGGGUCAGUGGCUUUGGCAAUUCCCUAGUUCAAGUGGUCUUGACAGUACAGUUGCCAUUCUGUGGGAAGCGGGUGUUGAACAACUUCUUCUGUGAGGUGCCAGCCAUGAUCAAGCUAUCAUGUGCUGACACAACUGUGAAUGACGCUACUUUGGCUGUGCUGGUAGCCUUCUUUGUAUUAAUUCCCCUAGCUCUCAUUCUUCUCUCCUAUGGUUUCAUUGCACGUGCAGUGCUCAGAAUUCAGUCCUCCAAGGGACGACAUAAGGCCUUCGGGACGUGUUCUUCCCACUUAGUGGUGGUCUCCCUCUUCUACCUACCUGCUAUCUACAUGUAUCUACAACCCCCUUCCAGCUACUCCCAAGAGCAAGGCAAGUUUAUCUCCCUCUUCUAUUCCAUAAUCACCCCCACUCUCAACCCCUUCAUCUAUACCUUGAGGAAUAAGGAUGUGAAAGGGGCCCUGAAAAGACUCCUGGAAAGGAUCUGGAGGAUCUGCAGAUAA